UUCGUUUAAUUUGUUCCGCACAUUAUUUAUCAGGACGCUGCUGGACUGUUUCUGUCGUUUCUAUUGAUUGAAAGUUUUAGCAACCAAAUUCUGUUAAAAAUGUCCUCUGAUAGGAUAAAAAGUAUUCAAAAGAACAACUUUAAAGUGUGUCGUUUUUGCUUAAACUCCGACGCUGACGAGUUGGAUAGUAUUUAUGACAAAAUUACGGAUGAUGUGAUGGCCCUCAAUCCGAUCAUCAAGAACGUAUUGAUGAUACUUCAGAUACAGAUACCCUCCAACGACCCAUUACCCAAACUUAUCUGUAUUGGCUGCCGUGAUUCGCUGAUUUCCGUACACCACUUUCGCAGAAACGCCCAAAAAUCGAUGACACUGCUUUUGAAAGCAAUAGAAACAAAGUCGGAUUCACCGGUCGUUGAUCGUUAUUCAGACGAGGAAUACACUACCGAUCGAGAUAAGUCACCAAUUGAAUGCGAUAGGCCGCUGAAGUCAGAUGGCGGGGAGGAUAAUGAUGAGGUUAUCAGGAUCAAAGAGGAAAACGAUGUUGCAACCACAGCGAUUUCAAUUGGUAAACUACCGGAACAAAUCAAAGAAGAAGACGAGUAUAUGGAGGAAGAUUAUUUAGAAGACGGCGGCUUUAUCCCCAUUGAGGACGGAGGCGAAAUCAUAGUCUAUAACAAACCGCCAAAAGCUCCUAGAACGCGUAAACCUCCCACUGCAAAAAUUUGUUCUGUUUGUGGUGCUAAAACUACGGCCAUGUCUGUUCACAUGCGAACUCACACCAACGACAGGCCAUUUGCGUGCAGUUUGUGCGAUCUUAAAUUUUACACAAACGGUAAGCUCAGGUGCCACUACGAUUCCGUGCAUGUCGGUGAGCGGAAGUUCAGUUGCGAGAUUUGUGGAAAAUCCUUUGUGUUGAAAAAGAAUCUCAAGGCCCAUAUAAUGUCCCAUUCGACGAAGAGGGAGCACGUUUGUGCACAAUGUUCGAAAAGUUUCCUAUUCAAAUGGUCGCUGACCGCGCACGAGCGAAUCCACACUGGCGAGCGACCCUACGUGUGUACCAGGCCGGACUGUGGUAAACGAUUCGUUACGGUAUCCAAUUUGAUUCAGCAUCAGAAAACCACCAACCACCUUAAGGAAGCACCGGAAGAAAUGUGUCCGCUGUGUGGCAAGGCGUUUCAAACGAAGGCGUCCUUAAAAGCGCAUCACACCAAGACACAUGGCUCGGAGAUGUAUUUAUAAGGCUUAGGGAUGGAAUAAUAUAAUCUUUCAAUCUUUUUUCACAAAGAUAGCAACUCCUAAGAAGCAGGGGUUAUGGGCAGGAUGAGCUCCCCAUAUUUGAACCACUAUUCUGCUAUUUGCUCUCGAAAACUCACGAACUGUUCAAAGUGUAGUCAAACUUAGCAUUGCAAAAUGUCCAACAACUUAGUAUAGGGAAAAUGUAAUAAAUAAAUUAAUGAAUCUGAAA